UUGCGGCUUAUCUCGGUGCUGCAGUCGAGGAGGCGAAGGAGGAGGAGGAGGAGGAGGAGGGAGGGUGAUGACGUCAGGGAGUGCUGCAGGAAGAUGGGGGACGACAGAAAUGAGGGAGACAUCGUGGGGAGACCGCGGAGAACAUGACAAGCAUGUUCAGCAGAGCCACAGGAUGGUGAUAUUCGCCGCCAUCUUAGUCCUGAUGACGCUCCUCAUCCUGUACGGCUCCAACAACACCAGCGAGGCCGUCUACGCUCCCUUCCACAUGGCUACGAAUCACGCCCUCAAGACCACGGACCUGAAGAAGUGGUCCGGGAAUGACGGUUAUGUCCCGAUUCAUGGGAACAAGAAUAUGACCCUGCGCUGCCAUAACUGUGCCCUGGUGACGAGCUCCAGCCACGUCCUGGGCAGCGGAGCGGGAGAAGAGAUUGACGCUGCGGAGUGCGUCAUUCGCAUGAACGACGCGCCCACGAUCGGGUUCGACUCGGAUGUCGGGAACCGGACCACUCUGAGAGUGGUGGCCCACUCCAGCGUGUUCAGGGUCGUGCGGAGGCCCAACGAGUUCCUGCAGCGCUCCGACAGCAACCCCGUGAUCAUCUUCUGGGGACCCCCCAAUAAGAUUGGGAAAGACGCCAAAGGGACCUUGUACAGACUGAUCCAGAGAGUCAGCAUGACCUACAGCAACCUGUCUUGUUUCAGCAUCACGCCGAUCAAGAUGCGAAGAUUUGAUAGUCUGUUUCAUAGAGAGACGGGAAGAGAUCGGCAAAAAUCUCACUCGUGGUUGAGCACAGGCUGGUUCACAAUGGUCACAGCCAUUGAGAUAUGUGAUAACAUCAAAGUGUAUGGGAUGGUUCCACCCAAUUACUGCGGAAAGAAAAACGCAUCCAAGAAGAUGCCGUACCACUACUACAAACCCAGGGGCCCAGAUGAAUGUCUAACCUACAUACAGAACGAGAGCAGCCGCAGAGGAAACCACCAUCGCUUUAUCACGGAGAAACAGGUGUUUGCGCGCUGGGCGAAGCAGUACAACAUCACCUUCACUCAUCCCAAAUGGUGAACGGACAACCCUCUGCGAUCCCAGGCGCCUAAGUGAGGACAGUGGACUGGAUUUCCCUUUAAUCUCCUCGACAACGCCAGUGAAAAAGCUUGAGGGAAAAUAAUAAUAAUAUUGGACCAAAUGACACAAGGAGAAGCACGGGAACGUUUUCAGGAGCUCCAUUGUGAGACGCUUCUAAAAUACCGUCCGUCCUCCACAUCGACUCGUGGGAGUCGUCCAACUAAGUGUUUUUGUAAAUGGAAGAUAAUUAAUUUUCUACAUGUUUAUAAUAUUUUUGUUAUUAUGUAUUGACGAUGGGUAUGCUUCCCGUUGUUGAGGGGUGGAUUCCAUCCGCAGGCACCUCUAAUCUGAUCAAAAUUAGUGCCCUACAAAAUAUUAUAAAUCUUCUCUGUCCAUUAUACUGAGAUCAGAUUCCAAACAUGUUCCAGCAUGAACCAGCAGUUCACUAAUACGGUCGAUACAUUGGGGCCUUAUAGGAGCACUGUUGUUGGGUAUGGUGUCAUUUCAUUAAGAGUUCCUUAAUGAUAUCAAAGCAGUAUUAUUUCCAGCAUCUUAGCUCCAAGAAUAUAAGUACUUUUAGAUUAGGAGUUCAUCCGUCCAUCUCAAAUCAUUUGAUUUCGGUGCUAGAAGUUUAUGCAGCUCGAGAUCGAAUCGCCCACAGAAUGCAUCGAAUUACCAGCAAAACUCCGGUUGAAACGGAGAAAGGUGCGAUCCCCUCCAUCGUCUCUUUAACGUUAUUGUCCUUAGGAGAGGCUCUUAUCACUUUGCACAGAAAGUUAGUUUUUAAAGUCAAAUAAAAUGCACUGUUAUUACUUUGAAAUACUGUAGGUCUUAAGAAGACAACACAUGAAUUAUACCGAAUGUUAGGUUAAAUUUCCUGUGACACUAAUGGGAUACGAGUGUCGAAUAUUAACAUUUUAUACGAUUUAGAUUUUUAUAGCACAUUCGAGGUCUUUUACACAGUUGGUUGCAGCUUAAAUUUAUAAUUUAAUGGCUUUGUUUGAGGAUAUCGCUGCGCAACCCAACCCCUUCGAUGACCAUAGAGCAAUUUCAAUACAACCUUCACAUUAUAAUCAUCACAUAAUUUACUGCAGUAAUUAAUAAUAUCAUAAUAAAAACUCCACUGAAAACUAGAAGCAUAGUUGCCCCGCGGAAGCGAAGAUGGUUUAAGCGGCAGACUCGAAUGUGAUUGUAUCCCAAAGACAAUCUGAACACUGUGAGGUCCUGCAGUCUCCUUCCAGACAAGCAGACGAGGCCCCGUUUUACCGCAGACCCGGUUUGACCUACUUGCUCAGACGUCCAGUGCGAUUUAUUUGUUCAUGCUGUGCUGCUUUCAACAGUGUUUUUCAUGAAUACUCGUGUACCGUUCAUUUAAAAAAAAAAUAUUUAAACAACAUUAUAUGCUUUGAAAAAAAAAAAAAACAACCUAUAGAAGUCAGCAUGUGAAUAGUAUUUGUAUUUAAAUAUGUACAAUAUGAGUCAUUUAGAACAAAGAUAAUCAAGAUAAAAAUAUGAACACAAAUCUGAGACAGUUGGCGUCCAU